CCGUAAGCCACCACUUCCAGGCUACUCGCACCCAAAGCGCUUUCUCCAAGCCCUCUACUACUCCUCCUCCCGCCAGUGCUUCUUCCCACAUUCCCUACAUCAUGCCGCGCGAAGGACCGCCCGACGCCGCCGCCAAGCCGUCGCCGUUCACCACCACCUCGCUGGAGCAUGUGCUCGAGGUUGACCCGUCGACCAUUGAGGUCACCCGCAAGGCAGAAGAGGGCAUUGUAUACAAGAUGCGUCAGGAUGCCCGUUCCGAGUGCCAUGAGCUCAUUGGCGCCUUUGCCGAGUGUGCCAAGGGUCGCAUGGUCUCCUUCCUCUGGGCUUGCCAGACACAGAAGAAGGCCAUGAAUCGGUGUCUCAAGGAGUUUAUCAACGAGGCUGAGCUUGCCAAGCGCAAGCAAGCCUUUGUCGAGGAUCAGCUCGACAAGUACCGCGCCGUCCUCGCACAGCGUCAGUCGGACGGUCAGAGCGCUGGGGAGGCUGGUCCGAGUAGCUGAUGGCGCAUCCGUCGCGAUCUCCUGACUCGCUGUACAUGGUCUGCCAGGUAUUGGCGCAGCGGGAGAUCAGUCUGAUCGGCAUGCCCCCCUCUCCCCCCC